AUGACCUCCGUGGUUUUAUGUUUCCUCAUCGCCAUCCCCGUCGUCUUCUCCACAGGAGCAGGGAAAGUGAUGGAGGGAGGAGGAAGGUGCAGGAAGAACAACAUAGUGAUAAGCCAAGAGAGCACUCAGCCAUUGCCGAAUGGAAUUCCGACAUUCAGAGUGGAAAUAACUAACCAGUGCGUGACGGGCUGCUCCAUUUCGGACAUCCACUUGAACUGCGGCUGGUUCAGUUCCGCGACCCUCAUCCGACCUAACGUCUUCAAACGUCUCAGUUAUAACGACUGUCUAGUCAACGGCGGUCAACCCUUAGAAUUCGGCCACACUGUGUCCUUUCAGUACGCCACCUCUUUCCUCUUCCCUCUCUCUGUGUCCUCCGUCCAGUGUUGA